AUGGCUCAACUACGCUCCCGUAACGCUAAAGCAAAGAAACCUGCUCAAUCCAAUAUCAAAAAGGCCGUUCAAAAAAAGUCUGCUAGCAAUAUGAAGUCCAUUGUUCAAACAUUUGUAGCGAAAGAUGAUGAUGUUAAAACUGUUAAGAAAUACCCCAAAUCUCAGUUGGAGAGAAGCGAGUUCAUCAAUAUCAAGACUGGAAAACGAGUAACUCCCUUUCAAUACAAGGUGUAUGACCUUGUAUUACAGAUUCCAGAGGGUCAAGUUACAUCUUACAAGGUACUAAGCGACACUCUGAAAUCAGCACCGCGAGCUGUAGGUCAAGCACUGCGCCAAAAUCCCUUUUGUCCGUUGCCAGUUCCCUGUCAUAGAGUCAUUGCAACAGAUUACAGCUUGGGGGGAUUUGGAGGUGGCUCAGGUGAUCAUCAGAACACAGCAGAUAAAAAGGCCAAAUUGGAGACAGAAGGAUGCGUGUUUGAAGACCACUAUAUGUAUGGCCACGAUAAGAAUGGAUCAAAGGAGUUUUUUAAAGACUUUGUCAUUGAAUUAAAUUAA